AUUGUAAAUCUUGAAAAAUAGAUGUGAACAAGGUGACGAUGAGCAAGAGAAUCAUCAUUUUCUGGUGCUCCUGGCUACAAAAACAGCUCCGUACUCGCCAGCAUGAUUCCACCAGUGACAACCAGAAAAGCACCAUCAACGGAGAAAUUGUCAUUAGCCAUGGCCCCGACUGGCUGCCACAUUUUGGUCAGAAACUUGCUUCGGUUCAGAUUUACGGUAAUAUCGUCACAGAUGCAUCAGCCUUUGGACAGGAAUUGCUCAGUGACAAGGCGUUUCUCAGAAACGGAAGAAGGAAGACACAGAAUAAUCUGAAAACAACAAUCUACAAAUUUAAGGUCAAGGUGGUUCGAGAAUUCGACACCCCUGGAGCUUCUAGGAUAGAAAACAGGUGCCAUCGUGAAUUCUUCCUUGAAUAUGCUACUCUCUCAAUUCCCAACAAAAAAGCAAGACAUUCGCCUCGACUGCAGAUCAUGGAUAUACCCCAUCAAGAAGACGAAUCCUUCAGGUUUUCUUCUCGAAUGCUAGUUAUCUUCCCUCGGAAACGCCUUUGGGUUAAAGGAAUCUCAGGCAAUCCUGACAAAGGAUUAUGCUAUGCCAGACUGGUCUUGGGCAGCCCUGAGUAUUCAUACCCACGAAGGUUGAAAGCAGGUCGCUCUCAUUGCAAACAAGAUCAUUCGAUUGUGACCCGACCAGAAACAAACUCCAUUGGUACUUAUAUCCCUCCUGAUGAAAGACUUAGCCCUGAGAGAUUAUUAGAGCUGAAAGCAAACUUAAUCAAGGCUAUUGUAUAUUUUCUUGUACCGGCAGAAGAAACCCGUAUCACCAACAGGAUUGUCGAGUUGACUGCACAAUAUUUUUCUUGUUUGAAUAUGCCAAUUAGAAAAUUGCUGGCAAAAAGAUCUCUACGCCAUCAGGAUUCUGGUUCUUUUAAGUCAUUUGAUGAUAUAGUCAACAUGUUCUCAGAUAGAAGGAGAAAACCAGCAGAGGUAGUCAAAGAUAAAUUGAAGAAAUGGAUACCAAAUGAACUUUAUAAAGAAAUUGUUCGUGCUAGCAAAAGAGAAGUUGAAAAUUUGCCAUUGCCACCAAUUAUAGCAGAAAGGAUGAACUGAAGCUGCUAGAAAAUAAUAAAUUGUAAAGUACAGAACGCAGAUAGAGAAGCAAUUUCAUAGAGGCACACUUGAAGAGAAUGUAGAGUCAAAACAGAUAUUCAUCUUGGAUCCCCAACAUCUCUUCCAAUAUCUAAGCAUAGUCCACAAAAGUGGUGUUUGUGCUUGUGCAUCCCGAACACUACUAUACUUCUCAAAGUAUUCUGGCACAUUGAUCGACGCCAGUGGCAAUAGAACUUAGCUCCUCUCAGCAGAGUAACUCUAGGGUCAUUCUACCACCAGAUGGAGGUGUGGACCCUGAUUCAAGGAUCUUUAGCCCAUGGGAGUUGGCUAAAACUCAUGUUGCUGCGAACAAUUUGGCUUAUCAUCUACUAGUUAGCCACUGGUUACAUACUCAUGCAGUAGUUAAGCCACUUAUCAUUGCCACCAGAAGACAACUAAGAGUGAUGCAUCCUAUACAUCGUUUAUUAAAUCCUCACUUCAAAGACAUCAUACACAUAAAUGCAUUUGCUCGAGCCUUUCUCCUUAAUUCAGGAGGAAUACUAGAAAGGACGCUGUUUACAAGUAAAAUUUCCAUGGAGUU